CAGCCGAGCGGAGCACAGAGACCCGGGAUCUUCGUGCUGUUGAGCGCAAAUGCGAAUUGCGGGUCGAGUCCGCCCGUCAUGACUGUCGAAUGACCCACGGCAGCGGUCAGCUUGACGCCCGCAGACGCUCACUUGCGUGCAGCCCAAGUGACAGCGUCCAGGCACCGCUGGAGCUUUUGUCUUCGAGGGGGGAUUUUUCAAUUGCGGAAUAGGCGUCUGGAGCUUCUGAACCAGAGUACACACACACACACACACACACACACACACACACACAAUUGAGCCGGUUCAUAUUCAGCCUACGACGCAGCGGCCAUUGCCGUGGCUAAAUGAAGAACGUGUGAGGAUGCACGAGGGAAGGACUCUACCUUUCACUUCGGUGACUUCCCCAGAUGCUUUGGCCCAAAGAACGAUGGAAAGGAAUGGGAAGAACUUGAGCCAAGGCUGCUGCACAGCACCCACUCAGUGAGCCAACAGGAGAUCCUCCGUACGCCACGUCGCUGAGCCUCUCACCCCUUCCCUUUGGACCCCUUCAUCCUACAAGAGCCAUGACCUCCGAGCUGGAGAGCAGCCUGACCUCAAUGGACUGGCUCCCCCAGCUCAGCAUGAGAGCGGCCAUCCAGAAGGCCGACGCGGGCCACCACCACAGCCACCACCACGGACACCACCACCACGGCCACCAUCACGGGCCCGGCAAGAAAGUGGUCCACCUGGAGCCGGGGACGACGCUGGACCAGGAGGAAGCCGCGCAGCACAGAGACGGCAAACCGCCCUACAGCUACGCCAGCCUGAUCACCUUUGCGAUCAACGGCUCGCCGCGCAAACGGAUGACCCUCAGCGAGAUCUACCAGUGGAUCUGUGACAACUUCCCCUACUACCGAGAGGCGGGCAGCGGCUGGAAGAAUUCCAUACGACACAACCUGUCCUUGAACAAGUGUUUUCUCAAAGUGCCUCGCUCCAAAGAUGACCCUGGAAAAGGUUCGUACUGGGCCAUAGACACCAAUCCUAAAGAAGACGCAGUACCCAGCAGGCCAAAGAAGAGACCGCGCUCUGGAGAGAGGGCAUCAACUCCUUACAGCCUGGAGUCCGAGUCUCUGAGAAUGGACUGCAUUAUGUCGGGAGGGGCGUCCCCCACUCUGGCCAUCAAUGCUGUAACCAACAAGGUAGCACUCUACAACUCCGAGGCAGAAGGCAGCGAGAGUCCUGGUAGUCUGGGCAGCCUGAGCAACAGCCUUUCAGAGCAGAGUUUGGCAUCCGUCAACCUGAACAACCUGAACAACCUGAACACUGCCGUCAGCAGCGGCAGCAACGUACACAGCUACACACCAGUGAGUAGCCACUCAGAGCCUUCGUCCCAGUCCCUGAGCCUCCAGCAGCCCGCCCAGCCGCCGCUGCCGCCGCCGCCUCCCCCACAGCCCCAGUACGAUCUGCCCGUCCUGGAGUCCCGGGACAAGCAGCUCUGUUUCUCAGACUUCGAGGACCUCAGCUCUUCUUUCCGCAGUCUGUACAAGUGCGUCUUUGAGCAGUCCUUCUCACAGCAAGCAGGUUUGAUGGGUAUGCCUGGUGAUUCCAGCCAGCAGGCCCGGACCGCCUGCUCCUACCAGCACUCUCCUGGUGCGGGAAACGGCGUCGGCCACCACCACCAACACAACCACGGUCAGACGUCACACCACCCCCACCACCCUCAGCAGCACCUCUCCCCUCACUCCAACCACAGUCAGCACCAGGCGCACGGUCAGCAUGGCCAACACCAACAGCACCCUGCUCAUUCCCAGCAGCACCCGUCUCUCUCCCACCAGAGUCACACCGGACAAACCUGCCCCUCAACAGACUGGUACCCCAAUCUGGACUGGCUGAAGGAGAGCUGCCGCAUUGCUACCAGCUACAACUGGGCUGAUGUAGACCUCUCCCCAUUUCAAGGUCUGAAGGACAGCAUGCGGCAGGCUGAGCUCAACAACUGGUCGCUGGACGCCGCUCAGAUGGCCGACCUGUGCUCCUCCAUUAACCAGUUCUUCACGGCUACGGGGGUCAUCCCCCCGGUGGGCGCCGCCCACCCGCAACCUCAGGUCCCGCACUCGACGCCACCUGGAGCACCGCAGCACCCGGCUCAGCCGCACGGGGCGAUGCACCCAAAGGCCAGCCAGCACAAUCAGCACGGGCAGCACAACCAACAUCACCAACACAUCAGCACGGGGAACAUGUACAUCGACUCGAGACAGAGCAUUUCCUCUCUGAUGGGCCCACCAGGGUACCCCCACAUGCCUCCCAUGAGCAACACAGCUCCCACCAUGACAGGUGACUGCUCCAUCGCUCUCUUAGCAGGUCAUCUCAGCCAGCUGAGUCAGCAGCAGCAGCAACACAGGCUGCCUCUGGGACACUUCCAGGUGAGACGCAUGCUCGCCACAGACGACAUCCAGGACGACUUUGACUGGGACUCCAUCGUCUAAACUUAGCCGUAGGUGAAGACUGAGAGAGAGAGAGAGAGAGAGAGACACGUGAUGACAGGUGAGGUAUGGAUCUAGCCGAAAAACCUUUCACCUGUGUGAAAAAACAGAAGACAAUCCAACAGAAAACAAACCGAAAGUCAUUUUUCUGAUCUUGCUGGCCCCCCCCCCCCCCGUUACAAGUGGAUGUUGAGUCUAAAGACAAUCAUUCAAAACAAUGAGACUUACACGGGAUUGGACCAAGCCGAGAUGCAAACACAUGCUUUGGACACUCGUCCAAAGCAAAAAUGAAGUCUGAAGCUCUCUGAAUUGUCUCAUGUUGUGUCCCCCAGUGCCAACAGGGUUACACGUCGCCAACGUGUUGUCAAAUCGUCUGUGAAUUGUUUUCUUUUUGUUUUCUUAAAUCUGUUUCCUGCUAAAAACGUGUGUGCCAUGUCUGCAAAGUCUCAGCACCUGUGCCUGAAAUGAAUAGAAAACUUUGUCUUUUUUCCAAACUCCCUGCAGAAAAUCCUCUCUCACACACUAUUUCAUCCUUUCCUCCUCGUAACAUCUCUUUGUUCACUCUAAUACUGGGCAUCUGUGUUAGCUCUUUACAGCUACAGUUAGAAGGAUGAUUUAUGAAGAGGAAGGAAAUGAUUGUGCAGCUGUUCAGUGGUGGUUGAGUGAAGCACCACCUGCUGGUUAAAACAGGCACCAUUAUAGCUUCCUUUGCCCAAAAAAGUUCUAUGCACCACAAUCCGCUCUUUCUUCAUGUUUGUUCUGUCGCAUCGGAAACCAAGUCUAAACUUUUAUUUUAAGUGUCGUCAUUGUGUGUGUGUGUGUGUGUGUGUGUGUGUGUGUGUGUGUAACAGUCCAUAGUGCCAUGUUCUCAGGGUGUUUACAUUCAUAAACCACGUCAGACCAACACAAAGCCAUUUACAUCUCUGUACAUUAGGUUACUGUGUGUUGUUCGGUGCCGUCAGUGAUCAUUUCCAGCGAGCCUCCUGGUGACUGUGGUCAAAGUGUUUCAAAUCUUCAUUUGUCAGCUGAUAAGCUCACUGAAAAUACUGUGUAAUAGGCUUUUCAGUUGCUCAAACAACAAACACUAAUUAAAAUAAAAAUGAGAUGCUGGGGCUAGACUUGGACUUUGUCAACAAUGGUAAAAUAUAAUUCAGUGUUUCAAGGUUUUAUAAUUUUGGGAAAGUGCAUAUCAAUUAUGACCAGGCAUGAGAAGGUCGGCCGUGAUUUCAAGAUGCCUCAUUUGGGAGACGACGAGCAUUCUUUGCACAACACCAAACAUGAUAGCAUCUAGUGAACAGAAAUAAAGGAAAACCGUGAACGUUAUAUUUCUUUGUUUCAAAAGACAUUUAAAAAAAAAAAUAAAAAAAAUAGAUCAGCAAAGGAGCAGAAAACUAAACAAAAGUUUCAAAUGCUCAACUUUUCUUACUGUGAUGUUUAAUUUCGUCUGUGUGUACAAGUGUGUAUAGUCUUCUCAGAUUUCAUUUAGCAUACAGCUCAAAAAAUAUACAUGAGAAAUAAAAAGUGAUUUGUUUGUAUUACGUGGGUACAAAGUGAAAUUUGGGACCUUAAAGUGCUCUUUCUUUUUGGAAGAUCUCAGUGAUUGUUCAAAUGGUCUAAACAAGGUCUCAUAAUAAAAAAAGAAGAAAAAAAAAGAAAAAUACUCUUUAUUAUUGCCAUUAAAUGCUGUAUUACAGUGACCAGCAUAUAGUAUAUCUUGUAUGUUUGUGUGUUGUUGUCCAUGUAAAUAACGGUAUGUUACUCCUAUGUUUGCCCUUGAAAAACACAGACUGAAAAAAAGAAAACAGCAAAUGGAGAGAAAGUAUUUUGUUAUCUGUCCUUCAGGAGACACAGUAUGUACAUAUCUUCAGUAUAUUGUAAAUAAGUGAUGAAAAAAAAAUGGCAUUGGCGUUUUGUGUGUUAUAAAUACUCUGUGUAUGGCAGUUUAACAGUUUAAAUCUGUUUCAGUGUUUAUUAAAAUGUCAUCAACCAUUUUUACUGCGCAAACCUCACAUCUGCUGUCGUUAUUUAAUCAGUUGUCGGCAUGUUUGAAACAAACAAAACUGAAAGCACAGAGAGAGACUCAGCUUUGUGCCAUUUUGACCCUCGUAGCUUGUUGUCCAACAGGUGUCAGCCUAGUGCCAAGCAACAGUUUGUUUGCCCUCCAUCACAUGUAAACUCGGGCAGACCACCGAUGUUUUCCUGUGUGAAAGUCACACGAUGUUCCAACUGUAUUUACGGCUCCUUUACACCUUUUCAGGGGAAACCUGUUUUUAAAAGCAGCGCUCUCUUGCUUCUGUCUGUCGGCCUCAGACGUACGCGUGCCACUUUUCUUUGUGAGAACAAGGGUUUGCAAACAGGAGGGUUGGCUGUGCCCCAAGACGAGAGCACAUCCUACACGGGGCUGGACCACGAGGGCUGAAACCACCUUACUGCCCCAAUCCGGACUCCCUCCUCCCAACCCGCCCAGCCCACCACCAGUACCAGCACCCCUCCUCCACUCUCAGCUCAGUCACUCACACACGCUCUCUUUGCUCUCUCCUGCUGUGUGCCAGUCCCUCUCUCCCUCUCCACUUCCUCAAAGUGGCCACAGCUCCUCUCUUUUCUCUUGUCCUCUCUACAUCCCUCCACCACUCUCCUUCUUCCUCUAUCUAUAAUAGCAACCCGGCACUGCCUGUUUGCUUCUACAAGUUAAACGGAUCUCAGGCUGAUACUUUGCCAAACUCCCCCUGAAGACUUUAUUUUCACCUCAUUUUUUCCUUCACCUUCCCCUCUGGAGAGGCCAGUUGGUGCGUGUCUGGCGUGUGUGAGGGCUCUGGUGUCUUGCUCUUUGCCCCAAGGGAGUCCCUAAAGGUUGUGACUGGAGGAGAUACGUUAUCACCACAAUGAAUGUUCAGCUGCUGCUCCUGUUGGCCCUGGCCGGCCCUUUAUGUGCCUUCACAUAUGCAAGCCCCACAGAGAUCCCUGAAUGGCUUGAUGCUAGGAUCACCGAAUCUGUAGCACACAUCGUACCUACAGUUACAGAGGUUCCUGAAGCGGACCUAACUAUUAUCACUGGUCCUCCUGCAACCGUUCCGAAGGCAGCCGCAGAAGUAGUCGUUACAGAAGUCGCUACACAUGGAGUCGCUGCAACAGAAGUCGUCACCGAGGCGGCGACGCCCGCCGUUACAUUCAUUACUGAAGAGGACGUCGUUGAAACAGAAGCCUCUGCCGCUGCUACUUCAGCACCAGGACACAUUAUCACUGGCCGUCCUGUAGUGGAGAACACAGGCCCCACUGAUGCAGCAGAAGGUGCGGUCCAACCGACGGAUGCUGCCAAAGCAGGGACGGGAGAAGACGUGGUCGUUGAAGACGGCACAGAGGAGGGCCUGAGUUCUGGCCAGGUAGUCGGCAUCGUGAUUGGCGCUCUGUUGGCAAUGGUCAUCGUCAUCGCCGUUGUGAUCGCUGUGGUGAGGAGGAUGGGAAAAUACUCCCCUUGAGGAAAAAGUCGGCCAAGCAGCAGGAGCGCACAAAGUUCUGGAAAUUCUGAACUACUGAACUGUGACAUCAUUCGCGACCAUUAAAACAAGCACGAUACCAGAACUAAACUAAUCGAACCAUGACUCUGGACUGUUGCCAAAAAAAGAGCGGGAGGGAGGCUCGUGUGUGUUAAUGUAUGAAGUGUAUGAAUGUGAGACAAGAGGGGUACAUGAGCAAACAUCCUCACCUCCCCCUUCCACAUCCCUGACCCCUCUAAGUGCCGCUGAUUAGAAAGGCUCCCUCCCCCUACUCCCUAGGAGAGAACAAAACAAGGUGACGGCAGGAUGUAGCUAGGAAUUUCAGGCCUUUUUAAAAGCAUUUUGUUAAGAAAAAAGAGAGAAAGAAAGGUAGGGGAUUAUCUGACCUCUAGGCAUAAAACCUCUCUCCUUUAAAGAGUGACUGAUUUAGAUUUGCAUGGAAGUUUGAGCCGACAUACAAAUGGAUAUUGCUGACAAAACAAAAGGAAAUUAAACACAAAUGGAAGGUGCGAGCAGCAGAGACUGCUACAAAUUCCGCAGGAUAUAUAUACAAUGCAAGGGGACUACAUAGUAUACAGCUCAUAUAGUAUACAGCAUUAUGAGAUAUGACUUUCUCAUAUAUUGCAGUUGCAUAGGCUAGCAUUUGAUAUUAUGGAAUACACAGUACAUACAGGCAGGCUAUUGUUGUGGCAAACAGACCUUUUUAAAACACCCCCUGAGCACCAGUUAAAACAUUUUCUCAUGUAGCCAGAAUCCCUGAUAUGUUGGCCAACUCUAUAUGAAGCACCGUGUGCAGAAGUUGUUUUGACAUAACACACUCAUGAGCUCUGAGGGCAAGCACGGACCUAAAAGAAAAGGCACCCUCGUUUGCAAGAGUAACGCGACAUUCUGCCCACUUUAACACUGACAUAUAAAAACCUAAUACAUAUCUGUGAAAUUUAGCAGAAGGGUUUGUGCCACUGUCUCUGGUAUUCUCUAGGUAGUUAGGAAGACUUUAACUUUUGAAGUGCAUUAUUAAUGUGAAUUGACUGUACCUUUUAACUGCCACCCAUUCCAGACAGAACAGCUUGUAUGACUUGUUCCUCUCUAAAGGCUUACACACAGCCCUCCGUUAUUAGACAUAGUGAUAGCAUUGUCUUCACAAUGUCUUCAUAGUACUUUUGUUAAUAGUUAGAUUACCAGAACAGCCGUCCGGUCUUUAAAUUGAGCUAGCUCCUGAUUGCGUGAGGAGGAUGACAUUUUAUAGUUGCACUUAGUUUUAGUGCACAGUAUUAGGCAGUAAUGCCCUAUUUUGUUAUAUUUGCAAUUGUAAGUGUGCUAAAUGGGUGUACAAAUAAUGAAGUCUCAGCUUAGCUCUGCUUGCUUUACAAACUCGUUUAAUAUGUGCACUGAAUGAGUGCUGUAAUGUUUAAUGAAUAGGCUUUAGACACUGCAAAUGUUUGCAACGACAUGUCUUUGUUUCCUCUCCUCUGCUUUGCCACAUAUCAUCAGUUCUAGGCCUUUCGUUUGUGCCAUCUGAUUUGUUUCAACCCUUUUAUUUAAUUGCAGUGUUUUUGUUCAUACUGUUUCAAUAAAAAACUGAAAACACUCUGAAA